CUCGCAACGUUCUCGUAACCGCCGACUCAACCAACACCCAAUUAAAACACCAUUACACUCACAAAUCCCGUCAUUAUGAUAAAUCCAUCAAAAUUAACAUUCAAAUUCAACUUUUACCAAUGUGCGUCGAUCCCCUCCGAACGCACCUAAUCAAUACGCUUCGGCAAAAUUCGGCCCCAGCAGGAAACCUCGUUCUUGCUAGCAGGAAAUCGUUGCGAACGCGCAGUGUAACAAUAACAAUAAUUUUGACAAUCGCUUUUACGCAAAUAUCAAUAAACAAAUUCGAUCUCGGUGUGAGGUUAUGUCUAGAGAUGGACCUUCUUAAAGAGCUGAUCGUCGUUUCGGAGAAGGCCGCCAAUGUGGCGCGGUUAUGCCGACAAAACGAGCAUUUAUUCAAACUGCUGAUCCAGAAGAAGUGCGCCGAUGAGGCCAACCCAAGGUUCGUCGACGAUUUCAAGACUCUGGCGGACGUUUUGAUCCAGCAGCUGGUCAAGCACGACGUGGGGAACAAAUUUCCAGAACUGGUCGAUUCCAUCCGGGGCGAAGAAAACAACACGUUCAGUAAUAAACUAGGGGAAACCAUUGCGGUUGAAAUCAAGAAAAACCGCCAGGAGACGGCGGCGUUGCUCCAGAUCGUGCUAAACGAAGACUCGCAAGCCGCUGAAUUAUUGGCGACGGAAGUCCACAAAAAAGUGUCGCUGGAUAACAUCCACACGAAAAAACCAGGCGAGGACUUCGUCAUCGAUUUGAAGGACGUUGGAAUUUGGAUUGACCCGAUUGAUUCCACAGCUGAGUACAUCAACGGAGUCGAGGAAGUGGACGUUUCUGGAAUUACCAUCAGUGGUUUGAAGUGUGUCACUGUUCUAAUCGGUGUGUAUGAUAAGAAAUCCGGUCUGCCGAUUAUCGGGAUUAUCAAUCAGCCGUUCGUGGAGAACAACGGCAAGCGAUGGUUUGGCAGAUGCUACUGGGGCCACCCCAGCGAGACCAGCCUCCCCCCCAUCUCGCCCCUCCCCGGUACGAUCUGCGUCAGCAGCAGCGAGGACCCCACCGUGGUCAAAAAGCUCAAAGAAACCGGCUACCACAUAACCGAAGCCUCCGGCGCCGGCUACAAAAUCUUGACCGUCAUCACCGGCUUCGCCGACGCUUACGUCCUCACCAAAGACUCGACCUUCAAAUGGGACACCUGCGGCCCGCAGGCCAUCCUCCGGUCGCUCGACGGCGACAUCGUCGUCUACGCUUCCGCGCUCGACAAAGACCCGGCCAGCGUGACCUACGGAAUCGACACCACUUGCAACACCGGAGGGAUCAUCGCAUACAAGGACGAAGGGGUGCUGAAGGAUAUCAUCAAGUGUCUGACGUAAAUCAUUUAUUGUUGUUUACCCUGACCUCACGUAUAUGAAUUUGUAUAAAUAAGCGAAAAUGUUGAGAGCGCAGGUGGCUUUAAGACCAAACUAUUCCCUCGACCCAUGAGACGUAGUAGGACACUCUGGUGUAUACUGCGGGGCUGUUGACGACACCGCAAGCCUUCCCGAAGGAUGUGAUCCCUACCAAGUACAAAGCGUCAUCCCGGAUUUGGAGAGGCCCGCCGGAAUCACCCUGUAAUGGUUGGGUGUAUGGUUAGAUGGUUGAUCGAUGUAUCCAGUUACCAAUAAAUGAGCAGUUGUUACCUGACAA